UCUUAUACGAAAACAAGGUCUCAAACGUAAAAACGAAUACGGAAAACCAAUAAAAAUUAAAAUCUUAAAUACAUAGUGUGAAUUGACACUUAAUUUCUGAAAAUAUCGAUUUUCUUCCAUCAUCAAAUACUGGUGUUGUCUCUAUUCUCUAAUCUCUAUCCAAAUCCUUUGAAUUUUUUGUGUUUGCACUAGCGGUGAUAAGGUAGAUUCCAACAGAUUAAUUAAAGAUCAAUUUUAAUGUAGUUGUUUCGAGAACGUUGUUCUCAUCAAGGAGUGAAAUAUUUUCUGAAGAUUAUCAGUGCGAAAAUGGGGGUUCCACAUAUAACUGGAUUUUGUUGGUGCAUGGGGUUGGAGACUGGCUGCAAGUUCAUUGGAAUUUUGCAUUUGCUGACAUCCGUCAGUCUGAUGGUUGUUUGUUCGAUAUACGCGGAGGCUUUCCGCGCCUUCGCGGGCACAGCCGAAGACGCGGGCGACCACGUGUACAGCACCUGGUACGCCAUCACCACUUCAGUGGCGGUGCUGAGCGCGGUUCACGUUCUUCUGGCCAGCUCCCUGCUGUACGGGGCUUACAAGCGGUCCUGCCGAGUGCUUCGCGGGUGGGUGUUCGUGAUGUGCGCGCUGUCUCUGUCCUCGCUGCUGUACAUCUUGGGGACCAUGCCCUGGGGCUUCUCCUCCUCGGGCUCCGAGAUCUACUUGGCCGUGGUGGAGGGCAUUUUCUUUUACGGCUCGAUGUUGUACUGCAUCCUCUGCGUCAACAGCUUUUACCUGAUGCUGAAGAGCACCGAAGAUAUGCGGGGACCCUGCAAGGCCGACUAUUAAGAGGCUUCUCGAGGUUUAAUGUCGCUCUUAUCACUUAAAAGUUUCAAAACAAUUUCAUUACACAGCUAUUUAACAAUGUAUUUCCCGUCAGGCCCGCGUCGGCCGAAACUUGUUUUUGUACGGAAGUAUGUAUGAUGUAAUGAAUUUAGACGUCUUCUAUGUGAUUAUUAUAUAUCUCUAUGAGGGAAAACUGCUUUGCAUUUUAACUAAAGUCGAACGCCGGCAGGAGUAUACGCAACAUUCUGAUGCCAAAGAAUCUCUAUUUUAUAUAGAAAAUUAAGUAUUAUAGAAUUUAACGAAAAGCCAUUUUUAAAAGAAAUCGAAUGUCGUAUUGACGAGAAAAAUGAAUUUUACGAAUUGUCUAUGUGAACUGUAUUUACAAUAUUAAACUAUUCGUUUUUGACGAUUUUUCCGACUCUAAUCUACGGACCACUCUUUACUAAAAAAAACAAUAAAUUCUUUUUAUGGACGCUUUGAUCCGUCAGAUUGAGCAAAGACGUCCGAACGGGGUGACCCGGGAAUGACCUUUCGCCUUUUGACUCGUUCAUUUUAAUAAACGAGUAUAUUUAUAUGAAAUUAUACAAGGCAAUGCUCGUUUUGCUUAAUUUACAAAUAAAAGUAAAAUGAAUGAAUGUAUAACUCAUUACAGACUUGCAUUUAAACUUUAUUUCUUAAUGUCUAUCCAAUGUUCGGUGCCAUGCGUGCGUCGCGUAGUUUGUCUGGUGAUAUAAUUGUGAUUUUAUACUUUUUCAAUAUAUUAUGUUGUUUUAAUGAAUUUACGUUGUUAUUGACUUAAUGAAACGGGUCCUUUUGCGCCACUUUUUAAAUAGGUUUCAACUGCUUAACGCUUAAAACUUGAUUAAUAUUAAGAAUAUGUAUAACUUAGCAUAUAAGUAAAUGUUAUUGUUGUUUCUGGUUAAGACUUAACUGUAAUUUUCAAGUACAUUCGUAUGUCACCGUGAUCGAACAGAACGUGUCGAAUUACUUCUGUAAUUAUAUUUUUUGUUAAUAUGGAAUCGCCAUUCGAGACCACAAAUACGACCUCACCGCUAAUGGGUAAGCCGGGAAUGGCCUACGUACUUAUAAAUUAGCCAUGUCUUUAUUAUUUUGUAAAGUUUAAUAUAUUUUAUAUUUGCUUAUUUUGUCUUUCGCUGUGCGGCGCCAUCUAGGAGCGGAUUCAAACAUCUUACAGAGAUAAGUUCAGCUUUCUCUCGUAGAUGUCGCCACGUGUAUGAUGUUCGCUCUUCCUGCGAUUUAUUUUUUGACGUUUAUUCGAUUAUACUGAAAUUCAGAUCUAUUAUAUUUUUACAUUAACCGUUUGGUAUUUUAAAUUCUACAUGUAACUUUUAAAACUAUAUGUUAAAAAAAGUAUUAGAUACUUCAAUACUAUUUUUAAAAAUAUAAUAUUGAUGUCAUUUUAAAUAAUUAAGCCCCGAAGGUAAAUAGUUGUGUAUUUCAUGUCAACAAAUUUAAAAAAAAAUACGACGCAGAAAUCUAAUUGUUCAGUUACAUUGUAAGAUUAUACUCAAAUAGUUAAUAAAUGUGCUCUUCGAA